AGAUGUUCGAACCCAAACAGGAUGAGCCAUGUGACCUCAGGGGCCUGAGAAUGACCUCUGAGGAUGACUGUUCCCUGGGCAACCUGUCUGAUGCAUUAGUCACCGCUGCAAGCAGCCCUCAGUCCAGUAGUCUCAUCCUGCUGGAGGAUCUGUGCAGCCCUCUAGAGGAGAACAGCGGCCUGGUUCCACCAACACCUCCGCCCUCUACUGAGGGAGAAGAUGGGAAAAGCACAGAGAGCAGCAUGAAUGAGUUGUGGAGGGAGGAUGAAGACAAAGAGAAAGAGGAGGAGAGGGGGAAUACUGAGCCAGUGACCGAAGCGAAGGAAGAGCAGGAGCUCUCGCAAGCACACGCGAGAGAUAGUGAAGCUGAAAAACAUCUGGUUGUUGAUGAAGAUAAUGCUUCAGAGGCAGUGGACACGAACGCUCCACCUUCAUCCUCUUCCUCAUCAUUUGUCAUCCCUGAGUUGCGAUUAGAUCGGUCCUUCAGUACAGAUGCCCUCUCCACCCCCGGAACUGAUGAAGAGUAUGAAGAAGAUGAAGAUGAUGAGGAGGAGGAGGAGGAUGAGGAGGACAGUGAUGAUAACUACCUGGAACGCAGUGACAGCAAACGGAGGAGCAUGGUAGAGUCCACUUCCUGUGAAAAGCACUCAGGUGGACUCAGCGUGCAGAAUUCCCUGCGCAGACGCACACAUAGCGAGGGCAGUCUUCUCCAGGACCCUCGCACAACCUGCUUCGCAUCUGACAAUGCCAUCAACUGUGUGGAGGUGACCGGGACACAGAAGGGAGGCUGGAUGCUUCCGUCACCCAAAACCCUGAAGAAAGAGCUGACUAAGAAUGGAGGGUCCAUGCACCAGCUGUGUAUGCUGUUCUCCGGAAGAAAACUGAGCGCCGGCUCCGAAUGCAGCUGUGAAGUGGGUCCUGACGGGACCAAGAAGAAGAAAUCCAAAAACCUGGCCAAAGACAUGAAGAACCGACUCGCUUUCCUGAGGAGGAGGAAUGAGUCUCCCGGAAGCACCCCAGUCGGCAAGCUCGACAAAUCCAUGUCCAAGUCUGUCAAGCCCACUCCAGAAGAGGCAAUGAAGUGGGGUGAAUCUUUGGACAAGCUACUCAUCCAUAAAUAUGGGCUGGCGGCGUUUAGAGCUUUCUUGCGCACAGAGUUUAGUGAAGAGAAUCUGGAUUUCUGGCUGGCCUGCGAGGAUUACAAGAAGAUUAAAUCACAGUCCAAGAUGGCAUCGAAAGCUAAGAAAAUCUUUGCGGAAUUCAUCGCUAUCCAGUCUUGUAAGGAGGUGAAUUUGGAUUCCUCCACCAGGGAACACACUAAAGAGAACUUACAAAACAUCAGUCGCUCUUGCUUCGACCUGGCCCAGAGAAGGAUAUACGGCCUUAUGGAGAAAGACUCGUACCCUCGAUUUCUGCGCUCAGAACUCUACGUGGACUUAGUGAAUCAAAAGAAACCCAGCACCACAUCGACAUCAUCUUCCUCCUAAGAUGAUAGAGAGAGACUAUGAAAAGUAGCAUUGGAGAGGUUUCUUUCACUUCUCAUUUCAUUCUCAUCCGCCAUUCUGUGUGUUAACAUGGCGAAAAGACAGGGAGUGGAGAAAUGCUCAAGGCAUCGUUUACAAGUGGUGAAAGAGAAAGAAAAAUGAAUUGUGACCUGAUCUAAUGGUGCUGGAUGAGUUGGGCACCACCAUGCUGAAUAAUGCUGGUUAUUCCCAUUUGAAUUUUUAUUUAAUUGGUUUUCCAAGUGUGCUGGAGAAAUUAGAGGCGAUUAUUUAACUCUAAGACAGCUGGGUACUGUUUACCAUAUUUCUCUUCUUCACGACCACAGUGAGAAGAGUCUUCUGCAACCAACCUCUCUUUGUUCUCCAUUUCAUGAUGAUUUUCCUGGACAUUUCAGAAAUGUCUCGUCCCUACGGGGUUGGAUGUCUGGAUGGCACGUAGAAAAUGACAAUGAUCAUGCACUUAUCACUCAGUGGUGUUCCUGUGAACCAUCAUCCAUGUCUGUCGUCUCCAUAUCAUAUGAAGGGGUGCAAAAAUGCAUGCACAAAACAUAAUUUAACACACAAUUCAUAAAUAAAUAACGCUCUAGAGGAAUGGACUAAACUGCAGCUGAACACUGGAGCAUUUCGCUCUGAACUUGAAAUGGACUUGAAAUUGGUCGUUGGUUUCUAAAGAGUACAAAACAUGCUUAACUGCGAUAUGUAAAGCCAAUAAGCCAUUUGUUGUAGCUCCACAUUAAGAAUUGAAGAGUCAGUAUUCUCAGGACAUUAUGGCACUCAACUAUGAAGCUUCCAGACUUAUUUUAACCUUCUGUUUCUACGCUUAAAAUUUUUGUUUGUUUGUUUUUUUCGGACUUUAGGUUUAAUCAUGCAAUCUAUAUUGAAUAGCGGUCAUUUAGGAUCUUUCCCUAUAUUUGUUAAUAAGACAACAUAUUUUACAAAUACAAAAAAGUAGUCAUUUAUUUAGGGGUUUCACUGGUUGCUUUGUUCAUUGCACUCAGCUUAACUUCCCUUUUCCACUUUGGUCCAGGUCCACAGCUGUCCUGAUGUAAGUGCAAUAUGUUUAUUAUUUUAGUUUUUUUGACUUAUCUCAUGGAUAAGUUUACCUUUUUUAUGAAAAGACAAUGGAUUGAGAUCUGUAUUAAUUUUAUUGUAAGUUGCAGGUAAUGUAAGAAUUACAUUACAGUACACAAAUUAUUCUAUCUGUGUUUCCCUGGCAGCAGGCAGCCAGGUUAAUGGAUGUAUAUAUGAUUCUUAAGAAAAAAUGGCAAAAAUAUAAAAACACACAAGGUUUUGUGGGUGUACCAUGAAGCAUUGGUGUACCUAUGUAAAUAUGUGAACCUUAAAGCGAUAAAAUGACAUGUAUUGUUAUAAAUCGGGGCUGAGCAGGUAUGGUCGUCCUAUGCCUUGGACGUACACUGCUUGUAAGUAGUUUUAUGAACUGUAUUUUAGCAUUUUUACUGUUUACAAUUCCAACGCAUCUCCUAACAUAGCAAGUGCAAAAGAAAUAGAGAUUUAAAAAGCCAGUGUGAUUGCGAAACACAAAUAAAACAUUAAGAUGGUAAAA